UAAUUGCUUUGAGUGUGUCCUUGCGUGCGUUCUGUUCUGUUUAUCUCACAGUCUCAAACCUUUUCCCUACACAAAAGUCUCGCUCCUGAAAGUUGAACAGGUACAGCGAGCGAGACUCUCUCCUAUCCCUUCUCCUAAUCCACAAAAACCACAAUGAAGGGGUUACAUAGUGGCAUUCGUAUCUGGUUGAUUGCUAUAUUAUGCCUGUUCACCUGUUCUUCCAGCUCCAAGAUCGGAGAAACUUGCGGGUCAUGCGAUGGUGGUCUUACCUGUCAGACAUGCCCUGCAAAUGGGAAUACCAGACCCAGAUGUUCACGGAUUCAACCUUCAAACCCCACUACCAAAGUGAAGGGGCUUCCAUUUAACCGGUAUUCAUGGCUCACGUCUCACAACUCGUUUGCUCAGGCCGGAGCGAGAUCGGCCACCGGGUCUUUCAUUAUAGCUCCGAUGAACCAGGAUGACACUGUUGCUCAGCAACUCAAAAAUGGCGUUCGAGGAUUCAUGCUAGAUAUGUAUGAUUUUCAAAACGACAUCUGGCUGUGUCACUCAUACAAAGGUCAAUGUUUCAACUUCACUUCAUUCCAACCUGCCAAAAACGUGCUUCAUGACAUGCGUUCAUUUCUGGAUUCAAACCCGUCUGAAAUCAUCACCAUCUUCAUAGAGGACUAUGUUAAUACUCCUAAGGGCCUAACUAAGGUCUUCCAAGCUUCAGGACUCAGCAAGUACAUGUUGCCACUGUCCAGGAUGCCUAAGAAUGGUGAAGAUUGGCCAACCGUGGAUGACAUGGUCCAGAAGAAUCAGCGCUUGGUCGUUUUCACUUCCAAAUCAUCCAAGGAACAAUCUGAGGGCAUUGCUUUCCAGUGGAAGUAUGUGGUAGAAAACCAAUAUGGAGAUGAAGGCAUGCAAGCUGGUUCUUGUCCGCCUCGCGCAGAAUCAGCACCAAUGAACACAAAAUCUAGGUCACUGGUUCUGGUCAACUACUUUCAUUCUACACCAAAUCGAACUCUGUCGUGUGCUGACAAUUCGGCUCCAUUAAUUAGCAUGAUGAAGACUUGCCAAGAAGCAUCUGGUGGCAACCGGUGGCCAAAUUUCAUCGCUGUUGAUUAUUACCAGAGGAGUGAUGGCGGAGGAGCACCAGAAGCUGUUGAUGUAGCAAGUGGUCAUCUCGCUUGCGGGUGUGACAACAUUGCUUAUUGCAAGGGAAACGGUACGUUUGGGAGUUGUGAUGUUCCUCCUAUUUCACCACCCCCACCAGCUUCAGAAGCCACUCCCAACGUAAACCAGCAAAAUAAUAAUCAAGCAAGCAAUGCUUAUAUUGGGAGAACAGCCAAGCUGAUGCAACCAGUUGUGUUAAUUUUGGUUACUACAAUGUUCUUGGCAUGUUUAUAGAAUGCUACUAGUGAGGCAAAAUCUUCAAUCAUGUGAAAUUAUGUAUGUAUGUUGUACGCGUUGAGUCUAGAUGGUUCUGCCACAUUGAUUCCAGAGUAUUGUGUGGAAUCCGAGUCAUUUUUCACCGGACGGCACUUUAUGGCUGUAUCUGACUUGGUUUGUUUAAGGAUUGACAUUUACAAAAACUUAAUCAAACUCUUGUCACAUGAAA